AUGGAUAUCGCUUUGACAUCAUCACCUUUACCAAUACAUAACGAUGUAUCCAUCAGACCGCUCUCUCGACAGUAUAUGACAUAUGGCCAACCUCCUCCAAAUAUGAUACAGUCACAACCAACUUUUACAACUGGACGUGGGAGAGGGAGAGGCAGAGGCAGAGGAGGUGCUCAAAAACAAGUAACUCAGAGACCUGUGACACCUCCUUUUGUCUAUCUUCAAAGGCCUAACGGAAAUGUCAACGGUAGUCCUUCUUCUAACGAGACGGAACCAUUACCUCCGAACCAUAUACAUAUAGUCCAAACAAACCCAAAUCCGCAGAUGAAUCGGACCAACUCUACUUUUUCGAUAAAUUCGGUAUUCCCUUUGUCCAAUGGCCCAUCUUCAACGGAAGGAUCAUCAGAGUCAUUACAUACUUCUCCCAAUCAGAUCUCAAGAAUAAAGGAAGAUGUCGUCCUUGCAAGGUGA